AUGGAUGUCAAAUUUAUCAUUGCGGUAAUCAUUGCAUUGGCUGUGGUAUUUUUGCUGAUGAGCGAGAUAAGUUCAUUAAAGACCAUAUUUGAAAAAAAGAUUAAUGAGAUAGACUCUGUAAUUGAAAAACACAACGACGAUCUUAAAACCAUUUUAAAAAAAGAAAUGACAAAAAAUUCGGAAAAAUACAUUUCAUAUACAAACGACAUGUUACAACAAAUGCGAAAAAUGAACAGUGUUGAACGCCAAACUGUCAUGGCAUCUGACCAUUUUAUUGAAGGUGGUUAUGUUGACCAAAAUAUGAUAAAUAACAAAAACUACGAACAAAUACCGUAUCUUUCCGAUAUGAAUCAAACACAAUACAGUAAUAUUGUUAAAACACACAAUAAUGAUUCGGGUUUUUAUAUGAGUACAACAUCCGAUGCAGACACAGUGUUUGUCGCAAAGGACGAAAAAAACAAUAUUUUACAGUCCGCAAAAAUAUCAGACUCGAAUAUCACAGAUAACUCAACACAUGAUAAAUCCAAAUCAAAAAAAAACACUCAGGUAAAUUCAAAAAACCACAGUAAUUUUACACCCAAUGUGUUAUCCAAUGAGUCAUCUAAAAACACAGAGGGAAAAAAUAUCGCGCACAAUCAAUAUAAAUUAUCAGAUAAAGCGAUAUCGGAUAAUAAUAAACUGAUAAAAUCGGAUAAAAAUAAAGACAAUGACAAAGACAAUGAUGAUACCAAGGGCCUAAAUAAUAAAAACGAAGAAAACAAAAUUGAAAACAACACUAAUAGUGGUUCCGAGGAUAAUGGUUCCGAAGAAAAUGAAUCCGAAGAUAAUGGUUCUGAAGAAAAUGAUUCUGAAGAAAAUGAGUCUGAAGAUAGUGGUUCUGAAAACGACGAAUUUGAUAAUACUGGUUCUAAAGACAAUAAUCCUAAAAAUGACAAAUCAAUAAACAACGAGUUAAAUCCAAUAAAAAUAGGCGACAACGAUGUCAAUAUAAAACAGACAUUGUCGAAAACCGAUAAAAUCAGCAAAAAACUUCAAAAACUAAAAAAACUUCAAGCAUCAAUGCAAAGCGAUGAUGAUAACAGUAAUGUGUCUAAUGACAUCACUAUUGGCUCAUUAACUAAGGGUAUUAAUAUGGUCGCUAAAACCGGAAGCAGCAAACAAAAUAAAGACGAUAUUUCAAUUGUAACUGCUGAGAGUUCACAAAAAAAGUUAAAAUCAAUGGGAAGUUAUACAAAAGACGAUCUAAUUAAAAUGGCACAAUUAGCGGGAAUUGUAAAUACAGGAAAAAUGACAAAACAAACUCUAUACGAUGCGUUAAAACGACUGUAA